GCAGACACAGGCGAACAAGUUUCUUAAAAAAAAAACGCGUGGAAAAAAGUUGCUUAGUCGAAUUCUAACAUUUGACUGAUAAUGGCUAAGGUUCUCUCUUCUAUUUUCUUAUCGUUAAAGCACUAUCUAAUUACUAUUUGAUUGUUAUGUCAUUUGACAUUGCGUAAGUAUUAAAAGACGCGCGUUCAAAGUACGAACAUUGUAAAUAAUUGAAAUUUAUACUACAGUGAGAAGAGAACAAUUGAACUGGCCAUUUAUUAUUAAUGAUUACCUAAACCGUGACUGACUCAUGAAAUGAUCUUGUCAGCUUGUAUGAUGCAGAAGUUGGAUUGUUAUUAUCAUAAAUUAAUCUCGACACUGAGUAACGCUGUUGUGAAUAAUAAUUUAAAUAGAAUCACACAUACCGUAAGCUAUAGUAAAAUCAAGUAGUUUGAUAACUUAGCCACCAAAAACUUUGCUAGGUCGUUAUUGGAGAUUUUAAAGACAAUGAUGUCGUUGGCGUAACAAAUUCUUGUUAAAAUUUAUCAUAAUGAACUUGUAGUUAAAAAAUAUUAGAAUCUGGUUUAAAAGGAUGAUGUAAAACCUGGGGCGACACCAAGUCCCCUUCGGAACAAGUCGUGGACGGUCGCGUGUCAGACGAGUCUCCACGUCGGCAUCGCGCCACCACCAUCGACCGCUCCCCUCUCCCCUCGCGCACACCCGGCGACACCCAGCGCUCUAUACUAAAAACAUUCCUCACGCCGACUCCAUGCCUGUUAUCGUUUUAGUCACGGUUCUCAGCUAGAGGGUCACACUCGUUUCGCUCAUUCAAUUAAUAACUCUUUUUACUUUCAAGUUUAACGCGUUGAUUGGACGAAAACAUUGACGUUUGCUACGUGACAUUGCUGAAGCAACAUUUUGAUAGCUUCAGAAAUUUUACUUUCGUAAUAACAGUGAAAUAUAAUGCAAGAACAUUUUUUGAUAUAGUGUUAGUUAUACAAAAACUUUACGUAAAAAAAAAAAGAAGAUUUUGUGCAUGAUGUCAUCAGUAGUGAUGCCUCCGCUAACGAAUGGACACACGAACGGGAAGCUGGAAAAUUCAUUAAACGGAUACAAAAAGAAUGGAUACGUAAAUCACGAAUGCACGGAAUCGGUUUCGCUACGACACGCGGCCCCGUUCAGUACGGAUCCCAUGGCGUUGGCUGAACGGGAUUCGUGUCACUACGGGCGGAUACCACGCGCCGCGGCACUGGCCGGCACCGCGGGCCGCAAGGUCAGGGUCUACUCGGACGGGAUCUACGACAUGUUCCACCAGGGGCACGCGAGGCAAUUGCAACAAGCGAAAACCGUCUUCCCUAAUGUUUAUCUAAUAGUAGGAGUAUGUAGUGACCAGCUGACGCACAGUCGCAAGGGCAGGACGGUUAUGACCGAAGAUGAGAGGUACGAAGCCGUCCGACAUUGCAGAUACGUUGAUGAGGUCGUAAGAGACGCUCCGUGGGAGUACGACGAAGAGUUUCUGGAGAAGCACAAGAUCGAUUUUCUAGCACACGACGACAUCCCGUACACGACCGAGGACUGCGAGGACACGUACGCAAUGAUCAAAGCGAAGGACAUGUUCGUGGCGACGCAAAGGACCGAAGGUGUUUCGACAUCGGAUAUAGUCGCGAGGAUAGUACGCGACUACGAUAUAUACGUUAGAAGGAAUUUAGCGCGUGGAUACUCGGCCAAGGAGCUCAACGUUUCAUUCUUAAACGAGAAGAAAUUUCGACUACAAAACAAAAUGGACGAACUUAAAGAUAAAGGAAAAAAGGUCAUGACGAAUAUUGGUGAAAAACGCGUAGAUAUUCUAACGAAGUGGGAGGAGAAGUCUCGGGAGCUCAUCGACGCCUUUCUGCUGCUGUUCGGCCCGGACGGGCGCCUCUCUAACAUCUGGGAGUCCUCCAAGGGCCGCCUCAUGCAGGCGCUCAGCCAGCCGCCCUCGCCGCGGGGCUCGCCGCCGCCCAGCGAGAACGGAGACCACUCGCCCUUGUAUAGAAGUUCGGUGUCUCCUCCCCCAGCGAAGGCGCGGCGUCGGGAGCCGGACUGGGAGUCGCACGCAGGUAACUGGGUAAUUGUUUUGCUUGUACCUGCAACACGCGCUCUGUGCUAUACUAUAGAGCGCGCACCAAAAACUACAUUGAUCUCAUUAAAUUAUUAUUUAUUUCGCCCCCUUAUAAAUUGUCUCGAGUAUGGAAUGGUUUUAAAAUAAUUAACAUUGUUAAUAGAUACUCAUAUGGUUAAGUAGUAAAUAUUGUGUGGCACUACGUUUUCAACAUGACGUUCGAAUAGUGUUGUGUGUAGUUCGUAACCACGGAUCUGCGUCCCGCAGAUGCAUCGGGCUCUGAGUGCUCUGGCGACGCCACGACGCCAGCGACGCGCCAGCUGACCGACCUCACGGACGACGGCUCCGACAGCGACGACGACUACCAGGACUCCAGCCCCUACCUGUAGGCGCCGCACUCUCCGACAACACGGAUCGUAAAUUAACGUAUUUUUGUACGCAAACUCGUCCCCGGAACAGCGGCAUCUGGUGUCGUGAUGCGAGUUUCCGUCAGCCCAAGGAGGCAGUGAUAUACAGCCUCCGCCACAGACUAGUUCCACCUCGGAGUCGCCUACGCUGUGCAGUAUAGUGUGCGUGUGUAACACCUCAAUGUGCGAGUGCGGUUGAGUACAAUGGAGUGGAUGUGUUUAAUCCUAUUAGUUUAUAAUUUGUAUUUAUUGUUUUUAGGACUUUUUUUUUAUUUUUUUUCGUUCUCAUUGGAAAUUGCAGAUUUCCUUUUAUUUUUAUUCGCACCUAGUACACGAUGUAAAAUUUGGUGCAGAAAAAAAUAUUUCAUAGAUAUUAUUUAUAUAAAAUGAUACUUUUUAAUGGUCGAUUAAAAGGUGCUUAUGAAAUACAAAUUUGUUAUUUAAUAUACGUAUCAGUAUCUCA